UAUAAAUUGUGAAAUCUAAAGAUACACCUCAACUGAAAUUUUCAAUUAUUAUUAACAUGUAUCACAAUUUAUGAAGGUACAAAUCACACAUUAUUCAUGCAAUAGAAAAUGCAAACUGUAACUGAAGAUACAAUCACACUAAGUGAUUUUAAUGUCCAUAAAUCACAAAGAAGCUGGUUGAAGAACACAAUACACAAGAAUGAGUGAGAAUUAAACCAAAAACAGCUUUCACAAACAAUCAUAAUUUGGAUAAUAAUGGCCAUAUAUUUUGUAUAUAUAUAUAUAUAUACAUAAAGGGAAAGAGGAAGGAAGGGGAGCACUUUUCCCUUUGUUAUUGAAGAAAUGAGAGAAGAAUUGAAAAAGCAGUCUUGUGUUGCUUGGUAGGAGGAAGUAGUUGAGAGAAGGGAGCCAUUUUCAAUUGUACAAUACUAACACUUGAGCUUGACUAUAAUCACCUCAUUUCUCUCCUUUCUCCCACUUCACCCUCUUACCAAACACACUCAUUAAGUCCUAUAUUUGAAUUUGUUAUUUCAAGCUUGGUUACCUUUCCUCUGUCCAAUCUCCAUGAGAAAAUUAUGGAUCUAAUCAGCCAUGCAUAAAACAAAAAGAUCAUUUGGAAAACUCAAGUGGUUAUUAGUAACACCCUAUCUUCAAAUUCUUAUGAUUUUGCCAGGAAAAAUCACACAACCAAAUCCAAAUUUUUUCAACAGGAACUAGAAAAAAUAUCUAUGUAAAAGCCUUAACUGAGGAUAGAAUACAGACCAUAAAAGAUUAAUUAUACCUGGAAGACUGGGAAACAGUCAUGGCCUCAGAAUAACCACUUGGGUCUGAUUCCCUUUUAGUAAGUAUAUCAACAUGAGACUCAAAGUGAUGAAUGACCCCACAAGCCACAAACUUCAUCAUGUUCACUAGUCCUUAUGUGUUUUUUUCUUUCUCAUGCAUCAUUGUCCUCUCAUUACUCACAAACUAACACCAAAAGCUAUAUUAAAAGUCAUGUGGUCCCACUUGUGCCGUUUUCUAAGUCUUAGAAAGGGAAUAAAAAACGCGUAAUAGCAUUAUCAACUUACAACCAGAUAUUUUUUUUCUCUUUGCUGCUAUAUGAAUCUGUUUACUCAGUCAAAGACUACUCAUAAAAAACCAUGCCUAGUUCAUGUUCCACCAUACGUAAUUUUUCAUUUUUUUUGUGGGAAAAGAAAGAAAAUAUCUGUUUUGCCGUAUUUUAGGGUCCAAAUAAAACAUUUUGUAAAGACUUUGAAAAGCAAAGAGUCAAGGCCUUGAAUGGGAUUAAUAAAUCCAAGAGUAUGGGAAGGUUCGUCGUGAGUAACCCAUUUUACUUCUUUUUUUCUUCAACGUAUGUUGUUCUUAAAAACUAUCCAAAUUUCCAAGUCAACAACUAAGUCAAGCAGAAACGCCUCUCCUUAAUAAUACGUUGUGGCUUAGCCAAAAGAGGAGUAUAAACCUCCAACCCCUCCUGUUUUGCAUUAGAAAUCUAGAAUAAUUAUUCCUGGGAUGUUCAACCUCAGGAUGGGUCCUACUACUCCUCUGCUUGCUUUCUUUUUCUUCUUUCUCAGACAUCUUCUGCUUCCAAGCUCCGCUGAAGGAAAGGAAAUUCCUCGUCCUCAUAACUGUACACAAUUUCCUUGUGGAAAACUUGGCAUGAUUGGUUUCCCUUUUAGCAAUAUCAGUAGACCUGAUUGUGGGGUGUUCACACUGAACUGUUCAGAAGAACAAGAUCCAAAGAUCCAAUUUAAGAAAGGAGGAGGCUGGUAUGGUGUAAAAAAUAUCAAUCAACCAGAUUUUAGUUCUUUUGUGGUCUUGGAGAAAACACUACCCUUUUACUGGAAUCAUUCCAGGGAUAGAUGUAAACUUAUCAAUGAUUUCUCUGCUCCCACACCUAACAUUUCAUUACUCUUUUCUUCCUAUAACUUUACAGCUGAGAAAUUGUUCACACUUUACAAUUGCAGCCACAAUGUUAGCAUCACUCCAUCUUUAUUAGAUGUUGAUAAAACUAGUUGCCAAGGAGACUAUGACAUCUACUGCAACACUCAAAACAUAAGUUUUCCAUUCAAACAACAAUGUCCAAUUAUCACUCUUCCAUUUUCACAUCCACCUCCACCUCCAUAUCCUUAUCCUCAUCAAUUGAUCUUUCAAGUGGAAAUAAAUCGUGAUUGUUUUAAAUGCCGCUUUUUUAAUAGAGGGACAUGCUACAAUGAUAAAGAUAAUAAAUUUCGGUGUAUUUUGCAUUCAAAAGGAAAAAAGAAGAGAAAGUUAAUAAUAGGAAUAAUAGCAGGGUUGAGUUCGGGAGUUCUUUUAACUACAAUUGUCUUGGGAAUCAUUAUGUGGCGCAGGAAACAUAAACCUGCUACUUCAAGGAACAUCCCUGAUCCAUAUUUGAAUGUGGAUGAUCCAGAGGGUGCAAGUGGCCAUCUUGGGGUCCUUGUGUUUUCCUAUAAAGAUCUUACUGAAGCCACUAAUAACUUUGAUGCUGAAAAAGAACUUGGAGAUGGAGGCUUUGGAGCUGUAUACCAUGGCGUGCUCAAAGACGGGAGAGAAGUAGCAGUGAAGCGAUUAUACGAGCACAACUACAAAAGAGUAGAACAAUUCGUAAACGAGAUAAAAAUCCUCACACUCCUGCGCCACAAAAACUUGGUAUCCCUCUAUGGUUGCACUUCACACCGCAGCAGAGAACUCCUCCUAGUCUACGAGUACAUCCCCAAUGGCACAGUUGCAGACCAUCUCCACGGAGACCAAGCCAUAACAAGCCCUCUAACCUGGUCAAUCCGCUUAAGCAUCGCCAUUGAAACAGCCAGUGCAUUAGCCUACCUCCACGCCUCAGACAUAGUCCACCGCGAUGUCAAGACCAACAACAUUCUCUUAGACAACAAUUUCAGUGUCAAAGUUGCGGAUUUCGGCCUAUCAAGGCUUUUCCCCAACGAUGUAACACAUGUUUCAACUGCACCACAAGGAACCCCUGGCUACGUUGAUCCAGAGUAUCAUCAGUGUUAUCAGCUGACUAGUAAGAGCGAUGUUUAUAGCUUUGGAGUUGUUCUAGUUGAGCUCUUAUCAUCUAUGCCUGCUGUUGAUAUAACAAGACAUAGACAUGAGAUUAAUCUCUCUAACUUAGCUAUAUCCAAGAUUCAAAAAAGGGCUUAUAAUGAGUUGAUUGAUCAACAACUUGGGUUUGCUUCAGAUAUUGAAGUUAGAACUAUGACCAUUGCUGUAGCAGAGUUGGCUUUUGAGUGUUUACAACAAGAUAAGGAAAUGAGGCCUACAAUGGAUGAAGUUUUGGAAAGACUAAGGAGAAUUGAAGAUGGGAAAAUUGAGACUCAACCACCACCGCCACAACCUUCCCCGGAAUGUGGCGAUGAAGUGGGGUUGUUAAAAAAUAUGAAACAUGAUCAGCAUUCGCCAUCAUCGCCGAAUGCUGUCACUGAAGCUUGGCCAAGUACUACUUCUACUACGCCUAAUUUCAGUGCCUAAAGAGUAAAGAUUCUAUUUUUAAUAUUUUUUUUCACUCUUACUUCUGCUAAAAUUUGAAUAGGACAGUAUAAUUAAUCAUAAUUUGUGGUACCUAAAAAUGUGAUAAGUGAGUAAGAGUUGUAAGGAAGGUAGUGUGAUGGGUUCAAAUUUGUUUUUGUUUUUCCCAUCAACUUGUUUUGUUUUGUUUUUGUUGUUUAUGAUUCAUGAUUAAAUAAUUCAAACGCACAUUAAAUUUAAAUUUGUAGAAAAGAUAUGAGAGUUGUAUGUAUAUAUAUAAAGGGAUUGAUUUAUUAGGGUUACUUUUGUUUUGAAAAUAGUUUAUUGCUACGAAUAAUAAUGAUAUAUGUUUUUGGUAUUA